UUCUUAAGACAUUGAUCGCUAAAAAAAUGGAGGAUGAUGAGCAGGAGUUUAUCUCAGAAUUUGCCCUAUUUCCCUCCGGAGCAUGCCAUCCUCACAAAUUUUCAGAAAAGAACGUGUCAAAAAAUAGAUAUAAAUCUAUUCACGCCUAUGACCACUCAAGGGUGGUUCUUGGCACCAGUACAGGCUAUAUCAACGCAAACUAUAUUGAUAAUGCUGAAGCGAAGAAGGUUUAUGUUGCAACGCAAGGGCCUCUUCCCAACACAACCGAUGACUUUUGGAGAAUGAUAUGGAUGUUGAACUCUGGAAAGAUCGUGAUGCUUACAAAUUUGGUAGAAAAUAAAAAGAACAAAUGUCACAAAUACUGGCCCGAUGAAGGGGAACCCAUGUCCACGAAAACAUUUAACAUCACACUAGACAGAGAGCGAGACUAUGCUUCCUAUGUUAUCAGGAACAUUACAGUCGUUGAUCGAAAGUCCAAAGAAAGACGGGAGAUUCAUCAAUUCCAUUUCACAGCCUGGCCGGACCACGGGACACCGAAUACUUUGGAACUUGUCUUGUUUCAUCGUCGCAUGAAACUUUAUGAAUCUGUUUUAGGUGGUCAGAUUGUGAUUCACUGCAGCGCUGGCAUCGGAAGAACAGGAACUUUUGUCGCCCUUGACGCCCUGUCGGAUUACGGUAGAAAAUAUAACCGAAUCGACAUCCAGGAUUUCGUGAAUAAGAUGAGGAAGGACAGAAUGAAUAUGAUUCAAACCGUGGAACAAUAUGUGGCACUGCACGAAAUCCUGGCAGAAGCGUUUGACCUGCAAGAUACUCUUUUAGAGAAAGCGGCGCUCGUUGCCAAGUGCCAUGCUCUUUCUAUGAAGGAACAACCUCAGAACCAGACAAAGUUGAGGGACGAGUUCAAAAUGAUUUUGGAUCUAAAGCCACAUUACAAUUUUGAGGACUAUUGUGUUUCUACACUUCCAGAGAACGAAACCAAAAACAGGACUAUGCAUGUACUGGCAGCCGACAGAUUCAGAGCAUUCCUUACCUCCUUUGCGCAUAUUGGCAAUGAUUAUAUCAAUGCUGUCGAAAUACAUUCAUACAUUGCCAAGAACGGAUACAUUGUCACACAGUUUCCUCUUCCAAACACAAAAGCAGACUUUUGGACUUUAGUUAUGGACUACCAAAGUGAUACUAUUGUGAUAUUAGGAGACGAAAACGAGUCUGGAUCGAAUACACAGUGGGUGCCAGCUGACAAAGAAGACAUCUACAUUGGGGAGUUCAACGUGAAACAGAAGGGAACUUCAGCCGUGUUCAAUGGCAUAGAGGUCCUCGAUGUAUCGGUAACCAGAAAGUACAUAAAUACUGCACAUACUUUGAGAAUAUUUCGAAUGAAGGCAUGGACAGCAGAAAAUAGUGUUCCAUCCUCAAACAAAUGCACCUUGCACCUUCUGGAACAAGUGGAAUCCAGGCGUCGGUCUAGUGCCAAUAAGCCUGUUGUAGUGACUUGCAGGGAUGGGUCAACUCAAUGUGGACUGUUUUGUCUCAUGGCGAAUACUAGGGACCAGAUAAAAAUGGACAAAGAAGUGGAUGUGUUUCAGGCUGCACGCCAGCUUCUCAUCAGGCGACCCGAGUUUCUAGCCACAUUUGAACAGUACCAGUUUUGUUAUGGUAUCCUGAACGAUUAUGUGGAGGCUUCGGACGUGUACAUCAACUGAAGAUGGCUCCAGUAGAGACAAAGGAUGAGUAAAUGAACUGAGAACAGCUGUAGCAACUUAACAAGAGAACUGCAGUCUUGCCAAUAUAGCUCUGUCAAAUACUACUUAAGUGUAUAUAAAGUGUUCUGAUAAAAUCUGCUGAUAUUAACAAUUGCUGAAAUACAUAUUUAUACUUCUAUAAAUGGCUACUUAUGUUUGUAUGUAAUGUGGUUAUAUAUUGUUCUAGUAGGGGCUACUGAUGUUAACGUGUACCGUAGUUAAAUAUUGUUUUAAUCGCGGCUACUGAUGUUAACGUGUACCGUGGUUAAAUAUUGUUUUAAUCGCGGCUAUUGAUGUUAACGUGUACCGUGGUUAAAUAUUGUUCUAAUAGAGGCUACUGAUGUUAACGUGUACCGUGGUUAAAUAUUGUUCUAAUAGAGGCUACAGAUGUUAACGUGUACCGUGGUUAAAUAUUGUUUUAAUAGCGGCUAGUGAUGUUAACGUGUACCGUGGUUAAAUAUUGUUCUAAUAGCGGCUAGUGAUGUUAACGUGUACCGUGGUUUAAUAUUGUUCUAAUAGAGGCUACUGAUGUUAACGUGUACCGUGGUUAAAUAUUGUUCUAAUAGAGGCUACUGAUGUUAACGUGUACCGUUGUUAAAUAUUGUUUUAAUCGCGGCUAUUGAUGUUAACGUGUACCGUGGUUAAGUAUUGUUCUACUAGCGGCUACUGAUGUUAACGUGUACCGUGGUUUAAUAUUGUUCUAAUAGAGGCUACUGAUGUUAACGUGUACCGUGGUUUAAUAUUGUUUUAAUCGCGGCUAUUGAUGUUAACGUGUACCGUGGUUUAAUAUUGUUUUAAUCGCGGCUAUUUAUGUUAACGUGUACCGUGUUUAAAUAUUGUUUUAAUAGAGGCGACUGAUGUUAACGUGUACUGUUGAUAAAUAUUGUUUUAAUCGCCGCUACAGAUGUUAACUUGUACCGUAGUUAAAUAUUGUUUUAAUCGCGGCUACUGAUGUUAACGUGUACCGUGGUUUAAUAUUGUUUUAAUCGCGGCUAUUGAUGUUAACGUGUACCGUGGUUAAAUAUUGUUCUAAUAGAGGCUACUGAUGUUAACGUGUACCGUGGUUUAAUAUUGUUUUAAUCGCGGCUAUUGAUGUUAACGUGUACCGUGGUUUAAUAUUGUUUUAAUCGCGGCUAUUUAUGUUAACGUGUACCGUGAUUCAAUAUUGUUUUAAU